GGGGCGAGCAUUAAGGCGAACGGACUCACGAUCGGCUGCGUGUGCUGCGAGCUACGUAACGUAGCGUGUGUAGAGGCAGGCAGGAGCUCGAGCACGCGUCUGUUUAUAUGUAUAACAUGAUGCGAGCCACGUCGAAUAUCGCAAGCUACACUUUGCUGCUCUUCUUCUUCUCACUCGCCAGUUGUCGGGUAGAUGGCACUGGGAACAUCGCAGACGUGGCUGCGUGCGACAGUCAGAUUUACUGUGACGGACCAAUACUGCAUCACGCGCAGAUGCUGAGGAUAUAUAAUGAUAGCAAAACAUUUGUCGACAAGAGCUUAAAACAAGAUCCAGAUGUCGUCACGGAGGCGUUCGAGAAAUUUCUCCUCGCGAAUCCCGAUCCGACUAAACAGCAGAUGAUCGACUUUGUCGACACCUACUUCGGCGACGUCGCAACCGAAUUCGAGAAAUGGGAUCCGGAGAGCGACGGCGACUGGCAUCCGAACAUCGGACUGCUGAACCGGAUCGAAGAUGCGAAAUUGCGACAGUACGCUCGGGAUUUGCACGCAGUCUGGAAGCUGCUAGGCAGACGAAUAUCGCUCGAUGUGAAGUCGAAUCCGCAACUCUACUCACUCAUCUACUCGCCAUCUCCCUUCAUCGUCCCUGGAGGGCGCUUCAGGGAGAUUUAUUACUGGGACUCUUAUUGGACAAUUAAAGGCCUUAUACUUUCUGAAAUGACGGACACUGUGAAGGGCAUGAUCAACAACUUCGUCACCUUCAUUAAAGAACUCGGCUUCGUUCCUAACGGAGGUCGCAUCUACUACACUCGGCGCAGUCAGCCUCCGCUCCUCAUCCCCAUCGUUAACGACUACUACGUACACACAGCUGACCUUGACUUUGUCAAGGGCAUUCUGGAGCAGCUGGAGACCGAGUACAAGUUCUGGAUGAAGGGCAAGAGACGGGUCACGGUGAACAGGAAUGGUGCGGAGUACAUAUUAAACCGCUACGAUGUGGAGGUAGGCAAACCUCGGCCGGAGAGCUAUCGCGAAGACUACGAACUUGCUGCUGACAUGGAACCCGCCAAGGCAGCAGAUUUCUGCUCUAACAUCGCCUCGGCCUGUGAGUCUGGCUGGGAUUUCUCCAGCAGAUGGAUACAAGGCGACGGAACCAAGUUGAGGGACAUCAAGACCACGACUAUCGUGCCGACCGAUCUCAACGCCAUCUUGUGUUGGAAUGAAAAACUUCUCGCAAAGUUCUAUGGCCUUGCGGGGAACGAGGCUAAGCAGCGUGAGUACGAGGCGUUGGUAGAGCAGCGGCGAGCAGCGAUCCGCGCCGUACUGUGGAGCGACGACGAUGGAGCCUGGUUCGAUUGGAACAUGGAACACUCCUCCCCCAACAAUGACCCGGACAACCACUACGUGUCGAGCGUCAUGCCCUACUACGUGGGUUGUCACCACGAUGAUAGCGUUGAGAAACCGCUGUGGGCCUAUCUCAAGAAAUCCACAUUACUGGAUCAUAUCGGAGGCGUACCGACGUCCACGUUGGAUUCGGAUGAACAGUGGGACUACCCGAACGUAUGGCCGCCAUUGGAGGAGAUCAUGGUGACGUCAUUGUCUAAGAUGUCCAUCGAAGAAGCGAAGAGCAAGGCUGUCGAUUUAGCCCAGCUGUGGAUUUUCAACACGUGGCUCAUACAUAACAGCACAGGGAAGAUGUAUGAAAAGUUUAAUUGUGAAGAGAGUGGAGAGCCGGGCGGUGGAGGUGAAUACGAUGUCCAGGAUGGAUUCGGGUGGACGAACGGUGUUGUGCUUCAGUUGCUGGACAAGUACGGAGAUGUGCUGGUUGCACCAAGCGCCGCCACCAGCCUCUCUCGUGGUGCCACCUUGUGCCAAAUUAUCGCAGUUUUAGUCAGUUGUUUGUUGUUCCGUCUGGCAGACGAACGGCGAUUGUAACGCAUUAGGACAAUGGGUGCCAUCAUGGACGGGUUGUCUUGCUAAAACAUCGUAUAUCUUUUGGACAUCCUUUGCAUCAACUACGCACGCGCUCUUAAAUGAUAUCUGUAUCUUAGUACAAAUAGAAAAAGGGUUCAUAUAACAUGUUACUCGAUAGAAUAUGUUGAACUAGAUUAUUUAAUGGGAUGAAAUUUGUGUGGAGUAAAUUGGGGUUAAAAGGA